UGAUGGAGCGGGGCUUGAGGAGGGUCCACGCAUCCCCUGUAGCAUAGGCUGUGCAACUAGCGCCAUAAAAGCCGAAAAGAGGGAGCGGCGGUGACCUUAUAUGUGAUUUAUUUACCUUUCAGACGAGCACAAAUUCCAUAGUGAGACGCGGAAAAACAGUUUAGGGCAGAGUGAUUGCUGGCUUGCUAGCACUAGUUGGAUACUGGGUGGGUGCGGCUUCGUGAAAUACCUCGAUUAUCUUUAUUUCAUUCAUUCGGAGAGACAAUAAAGUUAGUUUUGUUGUACUUUCCUAUUUUCUGUUUAAGAGAACAAUGAGUAAUUGGCAACGACGAAUACAUGAAUCUUUUGGUGGCGCUUAAAAGUAACUUGAACAUUCGCCAAAUACUGUACCAGGUUUUUGUAAUGGGGUUUAUAGUUGCAUAUUUUACAACGAGGGUUUCUUCACGCACUGUACUAAAUUGCGCGAUUUGUUUUACAACAGAGAGACGAGUCAAUGAAGACAACUUGGGCUUCUUCGGUUGAUCUGAUUGGCUAAUAGUCAUGGUGGUCUGACUUUCAACCUAUGGGCCUCUGAGUUGCAUUUAAGGAACCUCGCGCAGGCUGAGCUGUCAUCGAAUGUCAAAUCGGAUUCGACAGCUGCCGUUGAGUGUAAAAAAGAAUUUGACCCCGUUACACCGUACAAUGUUCUGACCAGUGUAACAUUGUGGCAACACUACAAAACUAAUAAAUUAUAACUGUUUUUUCCCCCUUUUAGAUGUGCCACUUUUAAUAUUCCCCCAAACGACAUGGUCCAAUUUUCAACACCGUUUUUGAACUAGUUUAACAAGUUUCCCUUUCCCUAUUAUGUAGUUAUCUUUACAUGUUUGCAAUCUAGUGUGGCUAGUUUGUAAGUGGUGUCAGGGGAAAACAGUCAUGACAUGCUGGCUGAACUGUCUUGUUUAAUGACAGACAAGUAAGUGGAAGAAACCUGGCUGAGUUGCAUAUGUAAUCAGGUGAAGUCCUCCUGUCCUUUCAUUUUCUCUUUUUUUGCAGAUGAUAUCGCAUUCAGCAAAGAAAGCUAUACAGUAUUACAUCGCAUCACUAGUUUAAUUGGUAGUCGUGAGGUCAGUGACCUCAGGUAGUGUUUGUUUGAGAAAUUCCGCUUAGGCUUUGGACAGUUAGAACAGUCAUUUAGGGGUAAAACCCCCUCAGUUUGUGUGAAGUGCUGUUCUAAAGGUCUUUUUUUGGUUCCUGUUUCAAGUCUGGAAAGUGUAAUUCCCCCCCCCCCCGAAUAGUAAUUUUUCAUCUAGUAAUUUUAAAAAUUCUGUACUAGAUUGUUAUCAUUUUGUGGUGGAGGUAUCGUUUCAAUCAAGUCAAUCAAUUUGAUCUUCCUGAACUUUGGCAUUAGAUCUCCUGCAGAAAAUCAGUGGUGCUAAUUCCUUUUUUUUUUUCUUUGACGGCCAACACAAAUAUGAAUGUUCAAUGAAUAAACUUUAGCCAGCUUCCCUUGUUGCCUGGGUGACAAUGUUUGAAUUAGGGAUGGACCAGUACCUAUCAACGGUAUCGGGCUGAGAGCAGCCUUAUUUCAGGGUAUCAGGUACUUGUGAAGGCUGCUAAUACCAGCCACCGAUACUUAAGGCAAACAAAUCUGACAUCAAGUAAGUCCUCCUCACCAGUAGCUGGCGCUACACUGCAGCAGUUUUACACAUUGGUGCAUCAUAAUAUGUGACAGGGCUUUGUUCACAAUUAUGUCAUUUUGUUAAUUGAUAUUGGAUCAAAACUAUUAGUACUCAAGAGUAAAUACCUGUAUUGGUAUCGAACAUCUCUAGCCUCAACAUAUUGCUGCUGAUGAUGAUUGUUUGUACAGCUUAAUAUGUUUAUUUUCCCCCAAAAUGUCGGUCUAAUUGCCAAUUGUACAACCUCAGGGGCUUUAAACUUUAAAAGCUUGUAGUGUAUAUUCGGAGCAUGUCCAUGAAUGUCUCCAAAGAGUAUAGUAGGUGUGGCUGUCUGCUGCUUUUCCGACUAUUAAGUUGCACAACGAUAAAAAGGCCCACCUUGAAUGGGAUGGAAAGUUUUGAAAAGCUGAAUAAAAUCAGACUCCACUGACGUCAGCCUUUUUGAGAGCAGGAGAUUAUGAAAUGGAACGGUUGGGGCUAUAGUGAUUCCAGGUUCCUCUUCAAUAAGAAAGGCCAAGCAGAAUUUACUGGCAAAAGAUAUAGAUUAAGUGGUAUGAUCAUCCCUAACCUGAAAGACUGGUUUGAAAGCACAUUUGGAGCCAGCCUACAGCACAAAACUCCGGCAACACCCCUCCUGAACAGCAACGCCAUACAAGCGCCCACUCUUAACAAGCCCUUUAUGGAUGAUUUGAAAUCCUCCGGUAUUCCCUUCUCUCACGAUGCCGAGGACCGUGUAUUUCGCAGCCACGGGCAUUGCUUACAUGAGAUCUUUGCCAUGCGAGAAGGGAGAUUCGGUCGCCUUCCAGAUGUGGUGGUGUGGCCCAACUGCCACCAUGAUGUGGUCAAACUUGUGGAACUGGCAUGCAAACACAACGUUUGUUUAAUACCGUACGGAGGAGGCACAAGCGUCUCCAGUGCUCUCGAGUGUCCCGCAGAUGAAGCUCGCUCUAUUGUCUCUCUGGAUACCUCUCAGAUGAACCGAAUUCUGUGGAUAGAUGAGAAAAAUUUAACUGCCCACUUGGAAGCUGGCAUCAUUGGUCAGGAUUUGGAGCGGCUGCUUAACGAGAGCGGCUACUGCACGGGCCAUGAACCGGACUCCAUGGAGUUCAGUUCAGUAGGGGGAUGGGUGGCAACCAGAGCAUCAGGCAUGAAGAAGAACAUCUAUGGCAACAUUGAGGACCUGGUUGUCCACGUUAAGAUGGUGACUCCACGUGGGGUAAUUGAGAAGAGCUGUCAGAGCCCCCGUAUGUCUACAGGGCCGGACGUUCACCACUUCAUCAUGGGAUCUGAAGGAACCCUGGGUGUGGUCACUGAGGUGACAAUGAAGAUUCGGCCCAUGCCAGAGUAUCAGAAAUACGGCUCGGUGGUCUUCCCCAACUUUGAGAAGGGUCUCGCUUGUCUUCGAGAAGUUGCCAAACAGAGGUGUGCUCCUGCAUCUAUUCGACUUAUGGAUAAUGAGCAAUUUAAAUUUGGUCAUGCACUCAAGCCUCAAGUGUCGUCACUUUUCACCUCAUUUCUGGACGGUCUAAAAAAACUGUACAUCACCAAGUUCAAAGGCUUCGACCAGAACCGCUUGUGCGUGGCUACCCUGCUGUUCGAGGGAGACCGAGAGAAGGUCCUGCAGCACGAGAAGCAAGUUUAUGACAUUGCCGCAAUGUUUGGAGGCCUGGCAGCCGGAGAGGACAAUGGGCAAAGGGGCUACAUGUUGACCUUUGUCAUCGCUUACCUCCGGGACUUGGGGAUGGACUACUAUGUGAUAGGGGAGUCGUUUGAGACCUCUGUACCCUGGGACAGGGUUCUGGACAUCUGCCGGAAUGUCAAAGCUCGCAUCGUUGGAGAGUGUAAAGACAAAGGAGUCCAGUUUCCUCCGUAUUCCACAUGCAGGGUAACUCAAACAUAUGACGCCGGUGCCUGUGUCUACUUUUACUUUGCCUUCAACUACAGGGGUCUCGCUGAUCCAGUGCACGUGUAUGAACAAGUGGAACAUGCUGCUCGAGAGGAGAUCCUUGCCAACGGAGGGAGUUUAUCGCAUCACCAUGGAGUGGGGAAACUUCGUAAGGAGUGGAUGAGGCAGACCAUUUCCAGUGUAGGCAUGGGCAUGCUGCAGUCCGUCAAAGACUACGUGGACCCCGGUAACAUCUUUGGCAACAGAAACCUCCUCUAACGCCACACACACAUGCACACGCCUCCUCCGUCUUUAUCACACAGCCACUCUAAAACCAUGCAAAGAGAUUCUACAAUUUGAAAGGGACUCUUGUGUUCUUCUGGAUCCGUCAUGUGGUGCCAUGUGCGUCCGCGAUAACAUGAAGUGAUAACAUGAUGUGAAAUGAGCGAUAGCGAUCGGUGACGUUGGUCUCGUACGCAACAUCAACUCCACAUCAACUCACUUCUAUUGAAAGCCGUUGAAGUAUUUAUUCCAUAUCCUCGAUAUCCAGCUUUUUCCCCCCACUACCAGUGCCAUUUACAGCCUGGUAAUAUGAACUUUCCAGACAUUUGACCAUUCAUUCUAUAUAUUUGAUAUACAGCCAAAGAUACGCACGAAUAGAAUGACUGUCGUACUAGUAAAAAAAAAAAUUUUUUUAAAUAAAAUCCACUACAAGUGCCACUUUUGGCUGACUAGUACAACCUCAAAAUAGAUAUGCUUGAUAAGUAGCUUAAGGUCCAUGUACCUGUAUGCUCUUUGUCUUCACUAGUAAUACAAUUCAGCACACUGGUAGAAUCACUGUCUCACUAGUAACAUUUCCCACUACUGUAUGACAUUUCUCCACACUAGUAGGACAACUUUGUUACUAGAGAGGCAAAACUGUGCACUAGUUGACAUCUAUGUAGUUCUCGUACUACUGAGGAAGUGCUAGAUGUUAACAAAUAGAAUUUUAUAAUGUUACUAGUAGUAUAGUUACUGUAGUUAUCCUACUUCUAUGACAAAGUCACCCUAGUAGUGAGCGCAAAGAGCGUACUAGUACAUCUACCUUAAACUGGAUAUUGGGUAAAUGUAUUUUUUUUUUUUUUUUUUUUUUUUAAACGGCUUUCCGUACACGUGGUCAUCUCGUUAGUGUUACUGAAGCUCUGUGCCUUCUCAAAAGCUUUUGUCUGCCUCCCCCCUCCAAAUACUUUACAUGUAUACUUCCCGACACGAUGUACUUGCAUACGUAAGUAACCCUUUCCUUUGUGAAGCAACAAUGACUUUGUGAAUGUGUGUCGCACUGAUGACGUGUUGCCAUUGCCAUAAAUGUUUUGUUUUGUUUUUGGACCGAAUGAACUAACCCCUGCUUGGACCUUGACUUGACUCUGUGUUACUUUGUGUAUUUUUGUAUCCGAAGCUCCCAGAAUGUGUUACUGACAAACAACAGUUGUUGUUUUUUUGUUUAUAACCGCACCGACUUCACCUUUCUCUCACGCGCUACCAAAGGCUUAAACACAUGUAAACUCCUACAAACUAUUUUUGAAUCCGCAUUUGCAAAUGCAAGAAGCCCUUUGAAGUGUUUCUUGAAGAGCUUCCCGUUAAAUUCCUUGUUUCUUUAAAUUGACAGUAAUAAUUUCCCCCCUCUCUGCUACAUAAACUGCAUUUUCUCACCUUUUAAAAGCAGCUUUAAAUGAGUUUUCUGACCAAAAUGUUUGCCAAACCAUUAAGUACACAUCCAAUCUAAGGGGUGUAUCGAAAAUGAUGCUUUUUACGAAGAUGAUAAUGCUCAUUUGUUAUUUCUAGGGUUGCACCGAGUAAUACUUGUGAAAAUGCUCUGACAUUACACGCCGACACCACGCGAUCAGCCUCACUUAUACUUUUCGGGUAGGACCUAUGUCAACAUAAAAAGUAAUGAUAACAAUCUAAAAGACAUUUUCAUCACAUGUGCAAGAGGUAAUGGCAUUAUCAAGUAUCGGUAUUCUGUAUCAGCGCAUAAUUAAAUGUCAUUGUUGUACUUGUACUGGGUCUGAAAAAAGUGCCUAGUUUACUGUCCAGUGGAAAGCACGAUUCUCUAAAGUUCGCUCUCAGUAUGACGCAGUGCACUGCAAAUUACUACCACAAUAAUAAAUCCGGAGCAUUAUUACUUUCAUAAAGGCAGCACUGUUAUAUUUGGAUGUGCAAGUGUACCUAAUGAUGUGGCCUGUGGGUGUAUAGUUUACUAUGAACUUGCCUUUGCCUCCCCUCAAGUGAUUAUUUUUUAAAAAUAUUUCCUUAACAAAUUGAUGGAUUGAUUUAGGAGCUGCUGCCUGACAUGACAUCAUCAUUUUUUUUUUACUUGACAAAUAUGUGUGCUUUUGACUAUUAUGUAGAAUUCCCUUUUGUUAUUCUCUCCAGAUAAUACAGUACAAGAAAAUCCAGUGUGUUUUGUCAGCGCCCUUUGUGCAAUAAAUGCAACUAAAACAGC